AUGCGUUCAUUCCCACGAAAUCUCCUCCUGGUUGUCCUGUCGGGUUUGACGCUGGUCGAGUCCUUGAAUUGUGACCCUCCCGCCGUCAACCUUGACAAUGGAACCUACCUAGGCUUGUAUAACCAGGAGUAUGACCAAGACUUCUUUCUCGGUAUUCCUUAUGCGCAGCCUCCAGUUGGUCCUCUGCGCUUCGCGGCACCUCAGCCGCUGAGAGAGUCAUUCGGUGACCCUCGAAACGCUACUGAGUAUGGCUGGAUGUGUAUCGGAUACGGCUCGGAUACUGCGAACCUGGGUAACCCUGUUGAUGAGGACUGCUUGACUCUUAACGUCGUCCGUCCAGCAGGUGUGAAACCCGGAGAUGAUCUCCCAGUUGGUGUCUGGGUACAUGGCGGUAGCUACGUUAAUGGGGGCUCACGCGACCCGCGGUAUAACCUGAGCUAUAUCGUCGAGCAGUCCGUGGCUGAGAAGAAGCCGAUCGUCGGAGUGUCCAUCAACUACCGUCUCUCGUACUGGGGCUUCCUGUUUAGCAUGGAAAUGGAAGCCGCUGGUGCCGGUAACAUUGCCUUCAGGGAUCAGCGUAUGGCCCUGCAAUGGCUUCAUGACAACAUCGCCGCCUUCGGUGGUAGCCCCGAAAAGCUCACGAUCUGGGGAGAGUCCGCUGGUGCUCGAUCAUUGGGAAUGCAGCUCGUCGCAUAUGAUGGAAAGCACAACGGUCUGUUCCGCAGUGCCAUCCUCGAGAGUGGCAGCCCUGUCGCCAAGUUCACCAAUGCUACGGGUUGGCAACCAUACUUUGACGCUCUCGUUGAGAAGACGGGAUGCGCUAAUGCUACUAAUCAGUUGGACUGUCUCAGGGAGCUUCCCUGGCAGACUCUCAGUGCUAUCUUUAACGGCACGAGCCCUUUGAACGUCCCAGCGCCCACGCUAAGCGCUGUCGUCGACGGCGACUUCAUAACCGCCCAAGGAUCUGUUCUAUUGAAGCAGGGCAAGUUUGCCAAAGUCGCGCUCUUGACUGGCAACAACUUCGAUGAGGGUACCGCAUACGCGAAGCAGGGCAUCAGCACCGACGCCGAGUUCGAGGCGUGGCUCACUCUCCAGGGCCUUGACAGCGACGAGAUUGACUCUAUUUUGGAGCUGUACCCCAGUGAUCCUCUCCUGGGCAUUCCCGCCUCUUUCAUUGGCACGCCUCCCGCGGUGCCCUAUGGCCUUCAGUUUAAGCGAGUGGCGGCCUUCGCUGGGGAUUACCAACAGCACUCUGGCCGAAGACUUCUCGUCGAGUCCUAUGCUUCUGCUGGACUGUCUGUGUACUCCUACCUAUGGAAUGUCAUUGUUAACGGCCUUCCCGCACCCAUAUACGGAGCCACGCAUUUCCAGGAGGUUGCAUUCGUUUUUAACAACAUUGAGGGCGUUGGAUAUGCGGCCAACCCGUUUACGAACAAGCCUCUGUCAUACAUCAAGUUGGCGGAUCUGAUGAGCAAGAUGUGGGUUCACUUCAUGCACAACACCAACCCCAACCUGAGAAAUGCUUCUAUCGCAUGGCCAAAAUAUACACCUGGACGGCCCAAUAAUCUCGUAUUCGACACUGAUUACGAUAAGCUUGGCUACGUUGCGGAGGACAAUUACAGGAAGGAGGCGAUCUCGUACCUCCAGAACCAUGUCUUCGUGUAA